GCGUUGUGGUCGCAGUCGUUGCCGUCGUUGAAGACGUUGUAGUCGCUGUCGGUGUCGUUGAUAACUUGCUGGUGCUGUGUUGCGCUGCGCCGCUGCUGUUGUGGAUUUUGUUGGAAUUUAAAAAAAAGUGUGUUUUCGCCAGGAUUUUUUUCUUUUUCACUCGGAUUCCUUUAAUUUCGUCGGUAACAAUUUUCACGGAAGCAAUUCCCGGAAAUGCGCAACGGGAAAAAGUUGAAUUAGAAAAUUGUGCAACACGGAAAUAGGAAAAUUAUCUACAUAUGUACGUAUUUAAUGUGUGCACAGAGUAAUGUGGAAAAUGUGAAAAAUGCGAGAAUCGCAGAAGAAUGUGAAAAGUUAUGAGAAUUCAGCGAUUACAUGCUGCAAGAAAAUAUAUAUGUAAAAGCAGAAAGAGAAACGGAAAUGUGAAACUGAUCUAUGGUUUUGUGUUACGCUGCCCAUAAACGACGAUUUCACAGUGAAUAUCGCCCGAAAAGUGUAAAACCUUCAAAAUUGGCUUCAAUCCUCCAACACGAAUCGGAUUUCACAAAGAAAAACUAAUUUUGGCUGCAGCGUUAACACGAUACCUCUCAUCCGUCGUUGUCUACUUAUAUGUACAUACAAAAACAAAAAAAAACAACUAUUGUAACUGCAUCCAUUCAAACAUACAUACAUACAUAUUUACUUAUCUGCUGCUGGUUGUUCAUUGUACAGUUCCGCCACUGCUGAAGCAGCGAUUCACACACACACACACACACACACACACACACACACACACCUCGAAACCUAUUUUCGCGCCCACAAAGUGCUAUCGUAAACUUCAAAUUGGCGGUUGGAGUGCGGUUUUCGGGUAUUUUUAAAAUCAUCAUAAUUUCGCACAAGAUCCGGUGAUGUGGGACAACCCCCGCAACGGGAAAUGCAACAAACCCAACGUUAUAUACCGUCUGUAUCUGAUUUAUAUGGAACGGACGAGAUAGAACUUCUACUGGACGAAAUACGCGAAUUAGAACCGGUCUGCUGUCAGCUGGACGAUGAACAGGAUUUUGAAAUAGCUGGCAGCAGAGCUGGUGAGCUGUCACUAUCCUUAGAAUCGCCGCUGGGCACGUGCACGUCGUGGGACUCGCACGCCAAUUAUAAACAGCGCAGCGGCCAAACGCCACUGCCAUGGGGCGUAGCCCUACACUGUGAUCCGCAACACUUGAAAACGCCUACAGGGAUUGUGAGAAUUCUUUUGGUGUUAUCGUCAGCCGCUUGUCUAGCCUGCGAAUGCUCCGCCGGCACGGUACAAGUAGGCCUCUUUUUACUGCCACUCAUCGGACGCUUGAGAUUAAUGGUCUUCUGUGCGAUCUUCUCCUUACUUAUCACCUGUCUAAUGUUAUUUCUAGACAUUUCACAUAUAGCACUCAUGUUCCCAUUCAAUUGGACUAAAGUUAAUACAUGGAUGUACCUGAGCAUUGGUUUGAUAUUGAUUUUGAGCUCGACGCUGGUAAUGCAUAUGGUGCUUUAUGCCGAAGAGUACAUUGCGGUCAACAGGCACACCAAGGAUACACUAUUUACUUCAGCGAUUAUCGGUUACAUUUGCGCCAUUGAAUCAUUUAUAUUGGCUGGUAUUGCCUCAUGGCCAUGGACGCAAUAUUACCGUCGAGUGCCCAACGAUGGCAGCGAAAUGUACAUCGAAGAUCGUGAAAUGACACCAAUGAGUCCAAUCGAGAGUACAGAUGUGCCGAAUAUACACCAUCAAACACAGCAUAACAAUCGAAAUACUAGCAUUGCACACAGCGAAUCAAAUCACAAUAAUCAGCAACAGCAACCACAGCAGCAACAACAACAACAACAAUACAAUCGAAUAUCAUCGUCGUCGUCCUAUAAUCAAAAGCCUUAUAUACCUGCCAAACGACCCAAUGAAUUGAUUAACCAAAGACCAACACUGGGUCACACCCAAACAACCAGGAAACCAAAUACUCGUUACCGUGAAGGCUAUCAUUAUCAACCAGUUGCGUCAACGUCCCGCCAGAGCCCCACAUUCGUCUUAGGCGAUGACAUUGGGGCCGGUCCAUCCACAUCCCGAUCCAAUGAUAAUUCUAGUGCGUGA